AUGAAAAAUUAUAUUUAUGAUUGCAGAAAUAAAUAUGAACAGAACAAAUCAGAUAAUUUAGAAAAUAUUGAUGAAGAAGUUGGGGAUAUAUUUUCUCGAUGUGAUGAUAAUCAAAAUAAGAUUUGUAAAGUUGAAAAUAAAGAAGCAAUGAUACAACAAAACAAAUAUGUCUACCCAACGAUUAAUGUCAAUGAUGUUAGUAAAAAAAAGGAUAAUGAUUAUGAGAUCGAAAAAAAAAAAUAUGACUGUAAUUGGAGUAUAAAGAACACUCGAUACAAUAAUGAUAAAAAAAGUAAAUCGGAUAAAAAUAUGUUUCGUAUUUUGUGCAAAAAAUAUACAAAAGCAAUUAUUCAUAAACCAAGAUAUUUAAUACUUGGUUUAAUUAUAGGAUGCUUGAUGUCUAUGGUAAUGUUUUUUUCUAUUUAUAAUAAUUUUUUCCAGAAAUGUGAUAGAAAAUAUAAUAGUGAAAAUAGGAAUGAUAGUGGCUGUACAUAUUCUGGUUUAUUUUCUAAAUAUUUAAGUGAAAAUAAUUAUCUCAAAAUAAAUAUAGAGAAAAGUGAAAAUGUAAUAAUUAAAUCUAGUAAUAAGAUUGGGGAAAAUGUAGAUGAUUUUUUAAAAAAUUAUAAGAAAGAAAAAACAGCAUCUCUACUAUUUUAUAUUGAUAAAAAUAACACAGAUAUUCCUGAAAAUAAUAAUUUAUUAAAUUAUGAAACAUUAAAGGAUAUAUUUUUUUUAAUUGAAUAUUUUAAACAAAUUAAAAUAAAAGGUAAUAAGACAUGGAAAGAUAUAUGUAAACGGUUUGACAUACCAUUAAAUGGUUCGAAGUGUUUUGUGUUAGGUCUUUUUACUUUUCAUGAAAUACAAGCUGGAUUUUAUGAUUCUGAAAAUAAUUUAGAAAAAUAUUUUGAUAGUAUAAUUAAAAAAGAUCAGAAAUCAAUAAUGCGAUAUUUUUCUAAUUGUAUAAAAUUUAUUCCACAUUUUUUAUAUUAUCCACAUAUAUUUAAUAAAAAAAGUAUAAACCUAAAUCAUAUAAUGCUAGAUUUAGGUAAAAAUAUUGAAGCGCUUUUAUUUGUUUUUAAUUUUGACGAAAUGAUUGAUGAAGAUUUGCUGUUAAAUGAGUGGUUUCAUGAAUUAAACAAAAUUGUAGAAAUAGUAAAUUCUGGAAAAUUGAAAGAUUUAGUUAUAAAUAAUCCAGACAACACAAGUUUUUUAUAUAAGUUGGAAAUUAAUAAUAAAUUAAACAUAGAAAGUGAAAUAAUAGAUAAAAAAAAAUGGAAAAUUGCAGUUGUUAAUAAUAAAAUUCUUGAAGAAAAUGAAACAAUGUCUAUCAUCUCAGGUUUUAAAUCAAAUUAUUUAUUUAUAAUAUUAUCAUAUUUUUUUAUCAUAUAUUAUAUAAAUUCAUUUACAUCAAAUAUGAAUAUAAAACAAAAAAAUAAAAUUAUUAUUAUUAUGAGCAUAUAUGCGUUGUCGUUAUUUUCUUUCAGUACAAGUUUUUUUUUACAUAUACUAUUUGGAUUAUAUAUAUUAAAAAUAUAUUUGUUAAAUUAUUUUUUGGUGUUUUUCUUGAGCUUUAUAUUUUGUUGUAUUAAUAUUUUUUAUUAUGAAAAAGAAGAAAAAAAGAAAAAUGGCGAGAUAACAAAAUUUGUACAAAAAUUGUCUAAUAAGAAUACGUCAGAGGAAUGUUGCAAAAUAAAUACGAACAAAUAUUAUUUUAGAGCAAGUUAUAAAUCAUUAAUAUUAGUUUCUAAAAUAGUUUUAGUGCUUAUAAUAAUAUAUUUAAUUGGUUUAACAUGUUCAUAUAAAAUUGUUAAUAAAUUUUCUGCAAAUUCAUUGAUUAAUCUUAUUACUUUAUUUUUUUUUUAUGCCUUAUUUUUUAAUAAUGUUUUUUUAAUGAUGAUAUACAAAAGGGAAAUAAAUAUUAACAUUGAUAAAGAUAAACAUAUCGAGGGUUCUCAAAAUAGUUCAAAUAAUAUUCCUAGAGUAAUAGGCAAUCAUAUAUCAGAAUUAGCUAGUCCACGUGCUAAUAAUAAUAGUAAUAACUUUGUUAUUUCCAAUAUUCGGGAAAAUCCAAGUAAUAAAUCUGAAGUCGUCGAAAAUACAAUAAAUGAAUUUUAUAAGAACAACGAUAAAAUAGCAACUAUAAAAUAUGCGCAAAAUUAUAAUAAUGAAAAUAUAGAAAAUUGUCCAAAAUUAAAUGAAAAUUCGAAUUCUGUAUAUCCCUCCAAUUUAGUAUCAGAUUGCAAUAGAAGUGACUACAAAAUGAAUGAGAAUAAAAAAGAAAAUAUGGUAGAAAAAGUCGAGGAAAAAAUAAUGCAAAUAUAUGAAAGUUUAUAUAUUAAAAAAAUAAUAGGAAUUGUAGUAUUUUGUUCACUUUUAUUUAUUUCAUUAUUUUUGUAUAUGAUUAUUAAGCAUGAUAUAAUAUUUGAUCCAUAUAAAUAUAUACACAAGGAUUCGAGGUUAAACAUGUUUUUUUCUAUAUUUGAAAAAAAAGCUAAUUACAUAUUAGAGCCUGGAUACAUUGUUUUACCAUCUUAUAAUAAUUUUGAUUAUGAACUUGAAGAAAAUAGAGAUAAAAUUAUAAACUUAAUUGAGAAACUAAAAGAUGAAGGAUGUAUUAAUGAACCUAUUAUUUCAUGGGUUCAUGGAUUCAAAUUAAGCCAAAACAUUUGUGGUAAUAUAAGCCCGUUAGAUAAACAAUAUAAUUUAGAGAAUUAUGUAAAACAGUGUAAUAAUAUUGUUACACAAAAAAAAAAUAAGAAAAUGCAUUUUGAAGAUUUAAAAAAUAUUUUUUGUCAAAAUAAAGAAGAUUUAUGUACAAAUUUUUAUAAACUUAUUUAUUUUUGGAUGAACAUGAAAGACGAUGAAAUAUAUGAUAGCCAAUUUGUUCGAAUUAAGACAGAUUUUCAGAAUAAUAUGAAUAAAUUAUUACCUCAAUUUUAUACAAUAACUCCACAUUUGUUCUAUGAAAAUUUUAUAGUGAUGGACCCGUCUCAUAACAUAACGAGCAGUAGGAUCGGAUUUUUUCUUCAUAAUUAUCCAACAAAUCAAGAUAAAAACAUACAAUUAUUAAAAAAAAUAGAAAAAAUUGUAAAAAAUAGCAAUAUCAAAGAUGUAUAUUUUUAUUCAGAUACAUAUGUAUUGUAUAAUCAAGCUUUAAAUUUUUAUCAAGAAUAUAAAUCAAUAUUGAUAUUAUAUAUUUUAUUAAUACUUUUAUUAAUAUAUUUAUUUAAUAUAAUGAGUAUAAUAAUAAUAUUUAAAUUUUGGUUAUGUACAAUUUUAAGUGGAUUAUAUUUUAUUCAUUGUUUUUAUAUAAAUACAGAUUCAAUAGGAAUCAUAUUACUGAUUCUAGGUUCAGCAAUAUCUAUGUCUCACUAUUUAUAUUCAACUCUUUUUUUUAAAGAAGUAAUUAUAAAAAAUAAAAGUUUUAAGUUGCAGAUGUGGAAAUCUCUACCUUAUUUUAUAUUCCUGGCAUUGUAUCAAAUAAGCUUUCGUUUUAAUGAUUAUGUUUCCAAUGUUUUUAGAUUUUUAAUUUUGAAUCAUUUAUUUUGGUUUUUAUUUUAUUGCCUUAUCAUAUUUUUUAUGCAAAAAACACACAAAAAUAGAGAACGAUGCAGAUGCAUUGGUCAAUCAUAA